GUCAUAGGUAGAAUCGGACAUACCCAUUCUUUCCUUUCCAGAUCACAAAAAACUAGAGAACUUUCAGCUCAUUCUUCCGAGCAAUGUCAUACCCGGUUCAACCCUCCCCGACCGAUUUACCUUCCGAUCCGCUUCUCAAACCCGGGGCUUUCAUCGAUGCCAACGGUCAAAGCCAAUCGGCCGAGCCCCCCAAAACUGGCAACUGUUCGAUUCCGACUGGCGCCCAACCGAAGACACCGGGACCCGGCCCCGUUAAAUCUUCGUCCUCGGCAGAUCCUAAGGUGAAUCGGCGCAUGGUGGCUCCGGAAUCUUGGUUGCCGCCUGGAUGGAUGGUCGAAGAUAGAGUUCGCAGCUCCGGUGCCACUGCUGGACUAGUUGAUAGGUAUUAUUUCGAACCAUCCUCGAGCCGAAGAUUCAGAUCCAAGAAAGAAGUUCUUUACUUCCUAGAAACUGGAUCUCCCCAACCUAAGAGGAAGAAAGGAUCUGAGGCUUCCAGCAGCGAAGGCCUGUCUUCAGGGAACUUUUCAGGCAACAAACAAAAGAAGUCUACUAAAAAACCGAAGCCAUUGAACUUUGAUUUCGCUAAUGUGCCAGAGAAAGUUGAUUGGUUAAUUAUGGAUGCCUGUUCGGACUAUUGGACUGCCUUCAUAGGGAACGAAGUAGUGCCUCAAUCUACUAGACAAGAUUGGGCUGCUGCAUUUUCGUCCCUUAUAGCCGGCAAAAGUAGUCAAGCAAUGUUUUGAAGACACUCCACGUCAGAAUUUGAUUGUCUGCAUCAAUGAAACGCCUGGUUUCAUACUGAUCAGCAUUAUCUACAUUGUGUUCCAUGUCUAAUUGUUUUUGUUUCUGCUGUAAUCGAUCAUGUUGUAUUAUCUUUGGUCGGACAUUUCACACAACAGCAGGCUCGACAAAGGUUAGGACUUCCUAGUUAUCGAUACACACGUCUUCAUUUUUUUGUCCUCUUUCCUCUGUUCAUAUGUAGCCUGUAGCCUGUAGCCUGUAGCCUGUAGCCUGUAGCCUGUAGCCUUGAAGUUUCUCUCUCUCUGACUUUGUUGUUUAAAAAACUCGAAACACAUGUUUUUGUUUCAAUUUCUAGAAAAUGAAAUGCAGAGAGCCGUUUUGUUUAU